AAAAAAAAACACCGCAUAUCCACGGGGUGAAUGAUGAUGAGUGGGCGAAGCUCCGGAGGGAAUCAUCGGUAAACCGUGAAUCUUCCGUGUAAUUCGCCCAGUCUCGCCGCACUAAAUCGAACGAUUGACUUCCACCAAUGACACGCGCCAUAUGUGACGUCAUUCCUAUUUUAUAACAGCGCCCUUCAUUAUAAUUGCACCAUCUCCCGCUUAAGGGGACGCUAGCACAAACGCGUUAGAAACGUGCAGUACUCUCUAGUAAGGGGGAGAGGCCACAGCGUCUUACGCAGCCGUUUACACAUGCCGGAACGUGCACCGCGUUUGCCGACGCCAUCACAUGACUGCUGAGAGAGUAUAACCCCCGUAUUCAUAAACGCUCCUCGACUUGAACUUGACUUGCCACCGCCUUCAAUGCGUUUCGAACGCGCUGCCCAAGGCGGUGGCAAGUCAAGUUCAAGUCGAGGAGCGUUUAUGAAUACGGGGGUAAGGCGGAGAGGCCACAGCGUCUUACACCAGCUUCUUACACGGGCCGUAACGCGCUAGCACAAACGCGUUAGAAACGCGCAGUUUUUCGUUAAUGUUGGGUAUUUAUUGUCAUCGUGGUGCGUGUGUCCAUGUGCGCUUCGUGGCGUAGUCAUUCUGCUUCUGGUCACUGACGCGUGCGGACGCAGCAUGGCUGGCUCCUCACGAGCUGCGACAACGGCCGACGCUGGCCGCGGAUCUUCGUUCUCUGACGUGCCCAAGGACUACAGCAUCAUUCUGCCACCCAUGCCCACCGGAGAAGGACUGAAGACUAUGGUUGUUCUACGUUGCGACAUAGCAGGACGCCCGUACAAAAUAGAGGACUUUAGUCAGCCUAUGAGGAACGCUGGCAUUAUUGAGCAGGUUGGUGGAAUAGGGGCUUACCAGAUGUCUCACGUCUGGUUAGUGAAUUUCCGCACUGAAGAAGCGAAAAAGAAGUUGCUGGAAACCAAGCCCUUCCUUGUCAAAGGUAGGACCUGCGUUGCAAUCGACCCACAGAGGCAGGAAGUGCGGCUGAAAGUGCAUUGGUGCGCUUUCAACGUGAGCAACGACGCAGUGAGACGGGCUUUCGUAGAGUACGGGGAGGUGAAGGAGGUCACUGGCGACAAGUGGAAGACAGGCGGCUUCGACAACGCCGACUCAACAACGCGUGUUGUGCGGCUUAUUCUCCGUGAUGGGGUAAGCCUUGAACGCAUACCACACCAAAUGCGCAUCGGAAACGGAACAGUACUCGUCAUAGUGCCAGGCCGUGCGCCCAUCUGUCUACGCUGUCGUGCUACAGGACACAUCCGCCGUGACUGUAAAGUGCCCAGAUGCAAUAAGUGCCGUGCUUAUGGGCACGAAGAGGCGGAAUGUGCAAGGUCCUAUGCUCGAGCCGCUUUUCGAGGAACGGCAGAAAGCAGCGAGUUGGUAAUGGACGAAGAUGAAGCGGAACAGGCUGCUGCGAACGCGGCCUCAGACGCUGAGACAGGAGCAGACGCAGCUAAUGUGAGUGGCGCCCAAGAAGGUAGCCAGGGACAAAAGCCAGCGUCUCUGUCUGCUGCAACCGCGGAGGCUCCGGCAAUAUCAGCGAGUACGGCGACAGACGCGAAGGACGGAGGCGUCGCGUCUAGCGAGAAACAGCGUGACCAUGUGCUGACGCGAGCUAGUGGUUCCGCUGCUUCAAUGGGAACAUCGAUGGCAGAAGCUGAAGAGGUGGGCGACGUGUCGGCAAGUGUGGAAGACGACCACGCAGCGUCGAUGGAUCUGGACAGCACGUCAUCUAAGCGUCGCCAUGACGGCGCAACCAGCGUUCUUCAGGAGCUGCGACUCCGUCAGCCGGAACGGGAGUGGCGCGUGGCUGGGAAAAAGCCGCGUGUCACCAGAGCGCAACGCUCGUCGUCGCUUCCCCGCGACGACACUGAGAAGUCGUAAAUACUGUUUCAUCAGCACCACGCGGGAUGUUAGUCUGUAUGUUAAGGUGAGCACCAUACUGUUUGCCUGG